UUGUCUCUCACUUUGCCUUAGCCCCUUCCCUCCUGCUAAAAUACGGAGAUUACAUUACUGGUAUCUGUUUUUGAAUCUUCCUCACAGAAGGCGCUAUGUACUUCCUUCCCUUCACCGCCCCUCCCCCGCGCUUUUUGCAAGUGGUCUUGAGAGCUCGCUCUACAACUUUUCUUGAGGAAAUCGCGCCAAAGAUGUUUUACGCGUUCGGCAGCCACACGAAAACUUCGCCACUUCCCCAUCAGCAUCGCAGCCUGACCGUUGUUUCAGCGCAUAUGUUUUUGCCACUAUUCCGACACCCAACCGCGUUCACUGGCUCGCUUUUUUCAGCUGCUCGGGUGUCGUGAACAGUAGAGCCUGCGCUAAACUUCCUUCACGCCCGAAAAGGCUGGGACUACUGUUGGUGACAGUAGAAGCAGCGCUCGUUUUGGUGUCUUUUGCCGCCUCUUCCUGUUUUUACUACAACAGCUGAAGAGUUGAAAGGAAGGGGGAAAUAAUAAAAAAAUGGAUCCAACAAGUUUCCUCCUCUCCAAUAACUUUUAUCUUAGCGGUUCUAUCAGCUUCCUAGAAUACUUUUUGUUCGGCUCCUGCUCACCCUGAAUUUUUUCGCAGCGCCAAAACGCUUCAGUUCGGCUUGAUUUAGUCCCUGCUCUCCCGAAUCUCUCGCCCUAUGCUUGCGGAUGGGUCGUGACUCUGCUAGGUCCCAUUUUAAAGCAAAGGAGGAACAGCGGCGAUCGGAUUCAAGAGCCAAUCAAAGAGAAAGGAAGUGAGUCAGCCACUUGAGGGAGAAGCCAUUAAUAAGGAUCUCAUUCUGAACUCGGCAGCAAAAAAAAAAAAGAGGAGGGGUGUGAUUGUAACUAUCAUGAAGGGACCCUGCACUUCUGAAUUUACCAAUACACCACUGGGAGGGAGAUUCAGCUGGUAUAACACAGUGGGGAGGAGAGUCUGGCUGGGAGUCCAGAGUCGGUCUUGAAAUAUGGAGAGGGGCUACUCCAAUUACUGGGAUUGGCAUCAAUGGGAACCUCGGUUUGAUGUGCCUAAUAUGCAAAAUCAAAGCUUCUGGACAGACAGAUGGGAUCAGCCAGAGUGCAAUAAUUUUCCAGAUAGGCCACCUCCAUGGAUACAUGGCAACAACUUUAACAACUGCAACAUUCCUGACCAAGGCCGUGGUUGGAAACGCUCCAGAGGAUAUUUCAAUGGGACGCAUCCCUACCGAGGCCAUUAUAGAAGAUCUAAACGCAGCUUCCCAAAAGAAAGAGGUUGUUUCCAAAACUCAUCACAUUCCUCCUGCUUAAUCGAUACUAUGCCAAGUAAAAAGGAAAAUGAUUCCAAAAAGGUGGAAAAACCAACAGCAGCAUCGGAGAGUAAAAAAAGCCAGGAGGAUUCUACAAAUUUGGUGAAGAAAACAGAUACACCUGAGGUCACAUUGAAAGACAGCCAGGCCAGUGAAGACCCUCCCAGCCAGACUGUCCCUGUGUCAUUUGAGCAGGCCCCAUCUGAGACAGCAGAAGGCCUUCCCACCAUUGAAAAGGAAGACCCUAUACAGGUGGAGCUGAAAGACAGUCAAGCAGCUGAAGACCCUCCCAGCCAGACCUUAUCUGUUCUGUCUGCUGAAGCAUCUACAGAAGAGCAAAUACCACCCGAGACCACAGAAGGUGUUCAUCCAACAGAAAAGGAACCUGUGUUGCUGGAAGCCAGCCCUCCCAAGGACCAUUUUAGCCAUGCUAACGCACCUCUGGCUGCAGAAAUACCAUUCCUAUCUGAGACCACAGAUGAUCAUCAUUCUGAGGGAAAGGAAAACAUUGAACUGAGAAUCCUGUAUCUGGCAGGAGGAAACCCACUCCCUGAGACCCAAAUCGCAAGCAGUCAUGAAGAUGCAGACCAUCAGAAGGCCACUGUUGUGCAAGCUAGUAGCUCCUCUAGCCUCCCAAGUACCCUCAGCGAUGUUUGUGUUGUGCCUGUGCUGGUGAGAGAGGAAAAAAAUGAUCUGCCUUAUCCCUGGGAAAAUGCUUCUUUUCAAGCUGGAAAUUCAUGGGGAUGGGCACCCGAAGAUUGUCAGGAGCCACCCUGCAUUGUGAGUGAAGUUGGCAAGCGUGACAAAGUCUCCGAAUAUGACAGUAGCUUGGUACAGUCCCAGUCCCCACUUCAUUCUUUCAUUUCUUGUCAUCAAAAAUGUGAUACUGGAAUACUGCUGGAAUACCAUUCUUGUUCACCGAAGAGCCAACGCAGCAGUGAGUCAAAACAUUCUAACACAAAACGGACCUCAAUGGAGUUGCAUCCUCGAAGUUCAAGAUCUCCUCACAGACCAGAAUGGUCAUCUUGGAGCAGAGACAGGUCCUCUCAUUCUUGUUCACCAAAGAGCCGACACAGCAGUAAUUCAAAGCAUUCUAGCACAAAUCGGACCUCAAGAGAGUUGUGUAUUCAGAAUUCAAGAUCCCCUCAUAAACGGAAGCAGCCCCAUCACAGCAGAGACAAGUCCCCUCAUUCUUAUUCACUGAAGAGCCGACACAGCAGUAAUUCAAAGCACUCUAGUACAAAUCGGGCCUCAAAGGAGUUGCACAUUCAGAGUUCAAGAUUCCCUCACAGACAAAAGCAAUCCCAUUGGAGGCAAGACUGUUCCCCUCAGAGGAGGAGAGAGCUCAACAUCCAGACAGCUGACUACAGUUACUGUCAUUGUGAAUAUUGCAGCAAUCCAUACCAAAAGAAUUUCUGUGAGAGAGAUUCUCCUUCCUUUUAUUUCGCUAGCAAAAGAAAUUGCCACUGUUCCCUUGAAGAAAGAGGCAAAUUGUGUAAAGCACCACAUCCUUACUCUCCAGAGAGCCCUACAGAGAAGAAAAAAUUAAGACACCCUGAGAAAAUGGAAAAGAAAAAGAAGACAGCAACUGCAGGGAAAGCAACAAAAUCUACCAAGACCAAGAAGAAAGCCAAAGGGGGCCAAGCUGAUGGAGCACCAAUCCUAUCGGAGACUGCUCAAAAGUUACGACCUGUGAGAACAGCAAAGUCUGAGCUGACCGAGAUGGCAGCCAGCAGUGAGAACACUGGGUCGCCUCCUCAUCCUUAUGCUGGAGAGAAAGAUGGAUCUUUAUCCUCAUCAAGGACUUCUGAGGACCGUUCUGCAGCCAUACUAGCAAGAAAGGAAGAGAUUGAAGAGGCCUAUCAGCGGGUACUCCUUAACUUUGCAGCAGUGGCCACAAUGCUGUUGAAAACAAAGCCCUGCAUGGAGGAGGCAAUGGAAGCAGCACUGCGGACCAACUUGAGGCGAAUUGGGAACUACUACGAAUGCAUGCUGAAGAACUUCAUUGACAGUUAUGACUUAGCGGAUGCCAGCUGAGAAGGCAAAUAGGGCGAUCUGUCUGGUGUAACUAUGGCCUGUUGCACAAGAGUCAGUGGGAUAUGAAGUGGCAUACAUUUUGGAUUUGGUAGCAAAAGAGUAGCACUGGAGGAAGCUUCUUGGCAGCAGAGAUGAGAAAUAUGAGUUUAGGCUGCAGCAGCAAUAGGCUGCAGAGGCAAGGGUAGGCAGGCUUGCAAGUAUUGUUGCUGUAGUACUGAAUAAAAGGAUAAGAAAGAUGCUUGGGAUGGGGGAGAAUAAAGGUACAUCCUUGUAAGGAAAUUAUUUUUCAGAAGUGUAGAUUAUUUUGAGAAGUGUUGAUGCAGCCUAUGGGCUUCUGAAGGGGUCAGAAACUCAGUGCAGGAGUAGGUAGGUUAGGGUAGGGGUGGUAAGCUAGUUUUGCCAUACUAUCCUGGUAGGAUUACCUGUUAGAAAUGUUUGUCCUUUCAUCUUGCAACAAGCCUUCCAAUGGUUAAUUCUGCAUUUUUUAGCAUUCUUUUGAAUUCUGGCUGUCCUGCAAUUACAGGCAGAGAGAAAGUGGAGGAUUCCUGUCUGAUGCAGGUUCUGUAGCCCCCCUACCUAAUAAGCCAUCCUGAAACUCUUAACAUUCAUUUACUGAAUUUUUAAAAUUCUUUUGCAAAUAAUAAAAUGGAGGCAACGAA